AUGGACCAGACCUCGGUGUGCGUGGAUAUGAAUCCACAUAGUACGAUUGAGUUUGUCGGAGCUCGAACGGUGGAUGUUAUUCAAUGUCGUAAGCUGCGACCGAUGAUCGUGUUCGCAGCGACACCAGGUGCGAUAGUCCAGGAGGAGUUGAAGGAGGACGAGCACUACGACUGGGACAGAGGCUACUAUACGGUCCAGGCCAGGGCAUAUUGUGACAGGAAGGUCAUGAAAGAAUGGAUCGACAAAGUGUGGACCCCCGACAUUCGAGGACCAAGCGUCUUGGCGCUUGAUAGCCUCAUGACACACAAGAUGGAGUUUAUCCGGACUCAGCUCCGUAUGGUCUACGUGCCUCCUGGGGUGAAAGGACUAGCCCAGCCCAUGGACAUCGCCGUUAUGAAGCCCUUCAAGGAUAGGCUAAGAGAUCUCUACACUAAGUUUGUUAUUGAAAACGGUACCUUUACGGAUGGAGCCCAGAAGCGACGGCAUAUUACCGCUUCAGUGCUGCAGGCGUGGGACGAGGUCGACACAGAGUCUAUCUGUAACGGCUUUGUAAACGCCGGUCUCAUUGCGACGGGCGAUGAGAGAGGGUUUUUCGCGACACCAACGCCUACUAGUGAAGGAGAAGUUGGCAAAACAUAA